AUGACUGCGCUUGUUGCCGAAUCUGAGCCGAGACCCCGGGCAAGCAACUGGCAGGGUAUGGUAUGGUAUGGUCUCUGCGCCGCGACGUUUGACACAUUUAUUUCGAGGAGUCAUCCCACUUUGCUCUCCCUGGGCAGCGUUAUGGCGGCUCCGUCCUCCGUUCUGCUGCGUGGCGGAGGUCGACAGCUAGCCCGCUGCUAUCCUCGAGCUACUGCUACUGCUGUGGGAGUUGCUCGACUAUCCCCAUUAACUGCUUACAGGCAGUGCUUGCAAUUGGCGUCUCCCAAACCGCCAACUUGGUAUUCCUCUCGCAGACAUGUCCAUAGCAGCUCCCUCUCUGACCAUGGCGCGCUGCAACCCCGCAACCUCCUGCAACCUCUCGAUACCUUUCCGCGCAGACACAUUGGCCCAUCCCCGGAGACAGCGGAGCAAAUGCUAGCAGCUCUUGACCCUCCUGCAAGUUCCCUGGACGAAUUCGUUCAACAGGUCCUCCCCGCGGAUAUCAUAUCUGCCAAGGAUCUGGAGGUCACAACGCCAAAUGGUUCAUCGAGAUUACACGCGGACUCUGUCCAUGGUGGGCUUGGGGAAUCCGACAUGAUCAAAUUGAUGCAGAAGUACAAGAAAGACAUUGAUGCCAGCGGGAAAUCGUAUAUCGGCUGCGGAUAUUAUAACACCAUUGUUCCUCCCGUAAUCCAGCGGAAUGUCCUGGAGAACCCUCUCUGGUAUACCAGCUAUACUCCCUAUCAGGCAGAAAUCAGUCAGGGGCGAUUGGAAUCAUUGCUUAACUUCCAGACGCUUACUGCGGAUCUGACUGGUCUACCUGUUGCCAAUGCCUCGGUCCUGGAUGAAGCUACUGCCGCUGCUGAAGCUAUGACCAUGUCGUGGGCGACGAUGCCAGCUCACAGGCAGAAGAAAGAUGGAAAGUCGUACGUUGUUUCCCACUUGUGCCACCCACAGACCAUUGCUGUUAUGCAGUCGCGAGCAGAGGGCUUCGGAAUCAAAUUGGUGGUUGGUGACAUCAUGGCCGAGGAUUUUAAGCUGGUCAAAGACCAAGGUGAUCGCUUGAUUGGUGUGCUUGCGCAGUACCCCGAUACUGAAGGAGGCAUUUUUGAUUUCCAAUCGCUAAGCGACAAAAUUCAUGAAAUUGGUGGCACCUUUGCCGUGGCGACGGAUCUUCUUGCCCUGACCUUGUUGAAGCCUCCAGGGGAAUUUAGCGCAGACAUCGCCUUCGGAUCCGCCCAACGAUUUGGCGUACCUAUGGGAUUCGGUGGCCCCCAUGCUGCUUUCUUCGCUUGUGCAGACAAGUACAUGCGGAAAAUUCCCGGUCGUAUUGUGGGUGUCUCCAAGGAUCGACUAGGAAACCGAGCUCUCCGCCUUGCCCUCCAAACUCGGGAGCAACAUAUUCGCCGUGAAAAGGCGACUAGCAACAUCUGCACAGCUCAGGCUUUGCUUGCAAACAUGAGCGCCUUCUACGCGGUAUACCACGGUCCUGAAGGCUUGAAGGCGAUUGCCCAACGCAUCAGGUCGUUGACUGGAUUGCUUCGUGAGAAGCUUUGCGCCAUCGGCUACUCGGUUCCAAUUAAGGGAAAUACUGCAAGCAACGGUGCAAUUUUUGAUACUCUGACGGUAGAAUUAAAAAGCAGCGCAGAAGCCGAUUCGCUGGUGGAGGCCGCACUGGAGUCUUCUGUCUAUUUGAGAAGAAUAAACCCGACCACCGUUGGUAUCUCCUUGGAUGAGACUAUCGGUGUUGAGGAGCUUAAAGAUUUGCUGUCGGUAUUUGGAAAGACUGCCCCCAAGGGAGAACCGGUGGACCUACUUAAUAUUAGCAAAGUUAUUCCUGAAUUGCAAAUCCCCGCUAGUAUCAAGCGAACAUCUCCAUACUUGACACAUCCAGUCUUUAACUCAUACCAUUCCGAAACUGAAAUGCUACGGUACAUUACGCAUCUUGGAUCGAAGGACUUGUCACUGGCACACUCCAUGAUUCCGCUAGGAUCUUGCACGAUGAAAUUGAACGCGACCACAGAAAUGCUUCCGAUCAGCUGGCCAGAAUUUUCCUCAAUGCACCCAUUUACCCCGUCAGAGCGCGUUACCGGCUACCAGAACAUGAUCGAGGACCUCGAACGGCAGCUGGCUGACAUUACUGGCAUGGCUGAGGUUACGGUGCAACCCAACUCUGGGGCGCAGGGUGAAUUCGCUGGUCUCAGGGCGAUUAAGAUGUACCAAGAUGCAGUUGGUACCCCUGGGAAGAGAAACCUGUGCCUGAUCCCCGUGUCUGCUCAUGGAACCAACCCAGCAAGUGCUGCUAUGGCUGGCAUGAAAGUAUUAUCCGUCAAAUGCGACAUGACGACAGGAAAUCUUGACCUGGCUGACCUCAAAGCGAAGUGUGAGAAGCAUAAGGAUCAACUAGCAGCGAUAAUGAUUACCUAUCCCAGCACAUUCGGCGUCUUCGAGGAAGGGGUCAAAGAAGCAUGCAAGAUCGUCCACGAAAAUGGUGGUCAAGUCUAUAUGGACGGCGCCAACCUGAACGCACAGAUCGGUUUGUGCUCACCCGGCGAAAUCGGUGCCGACGUCUGCCAUCUUAAUCUCCACAAGACCUUCUGUAUUCCCCACGGCGGUGGUGGACCCGGUGUCGGCCCCAUCGGAGUAGCCGAACACCUCCGCCCAUUCCUCCCAUCCCACCCACUCAGUGAACACCUACAAUCGCGACGCGCAACUCCUAAUCCGGCGCCACCCAUCAGCGCUGCACCUUGGGGUAGCGCCAGCAUCCUCCCCAUCACAUUCUCAUACAUCAACAUGAUGGGCGCCAAGGGCCUAACACACGCUACAAAGAUUACAAUCCUUAAUGCAAACUACAUCCUCGCCCGCCUGAAACCCCACUACCCAAUCCUCUACACAAACGCGCACGGACGCUGCGCCCACGAGUUCAUCCUUGAUACGCGCAAGUUCAAGGCCACGGCGGGCAUCGAGGCUAUCGACAUCGCCAAGCGGCUGCAGGAUUUCGGCUUCCAUGCGCCCACCAUGUCCUGGCCCGUGGCUAACACGCUGAUGAUCGAGCCUACGGAGUCAGAGAGUAAGGAGGAGCUGGACCGGUUCUGCGAUGCGCUUAUUGCGAUCCGCGCGGAGAUUGCGGCCAUCGAGGCCGGCCAGCAGCCGAAAGAAGGGAAUGUGUUGAAGAUGGCGCCACAUACGCAGAGAGAUUUGUUGGUGACGAAGGAGUGGGAUCGGCCGUAUUCACGGGAGCAGGCGGCAUAUCCUGUGCCAUGGCUGUUGGAGAAAAAGUUUUGGCCGAGUGUGACGAGGGUGGAUGAUGCGUUCGGCGAUCAAAACCUCUUCUGCACCUGUGGCCCUGUGGAGGAGAUUGUCGAGUAA